AGACCACCCACCCGCCUAUUAAAGACAUCAUCAUGGUAUUUGUUCGACAUUUUCUAAUUAAAGAUUAUACAAAUCAUAUUCCUAAAACGGCAAGAAUAGGCUGAUCGUGGGGAAGAGCGAGAUCAAGCACUCGUCCAUGCAGCAUCAUGGUGUUGGUACAAGCCACAAGGUCCAAACUAAAACGGCAAGAGUAGCUAGAUAGCUAAGUGGAGAUGGAUAAGAGCGAGAGCAAGCACUUUGUGCUUGUGCAUGGAGCGUGCCAUGGAGCAUGGUGUUGGUAUAAGGUGGCAAGUUUGUUGAAAUCCGCAGGUCAUAAGGUCACAGUCCUGGACCUAGCUGCUUCUGGGAUCCACCCAAAACAGUUGCAUGAAGUAAAGUCACUUUCGGAAUACCUCGAGCCUUUGAUGGAAUUCAUGGCAUCUCCGGCAUUAACGGAGGAAAAGGUGGUCCUUGUCGGCCACAGCAAUGGAGGUCUCUGCAUAUCUGUUGCCAUGGAGAAGUUUCCUGAGAGAGUCUCUGUUGCAGUGUAUGCCACCGCCGUUAUGCUAGGUCCCGACUUGAGUAUCUUGACGCUAGGCGAAGAAGUAUUCAACCGAAGACUGGAUUCUUAUAUGGACGCGCAAUUUACAUUCGAUGAAGGGGAAAACAACCCUCCUACCUCCCUUUUAUGGGGUCCAAACGUCAUGGCAUCACAGUUUUACCAACUCUCCCCACCUGAGGAUUUGACGCUUGCAAUGUCAUUGGUGAGACCUAUUCGUCUCUUCCGGGAUUCUUCAACAUUGCAAAAAGAAGCAAAUCUGAGCAGGGAGAAAUACGGACAAGUUCCUAGAGUUUACAUCAUUUGUAAAAAAGACAAUAUUAUGAAGGAGGAUUUCCAAAGGUGGAUGAUUGAGAACAAUCCAGAACCGGAGGUGAAGGUACUAGCCGGUUCCGAUCACAUGGUGAUGUUCUCGCAACCGAAGGAGCUGUGCUCCUACCUCCUUGAAAUUGCAGAGAAAUAUUCUUAAAUCUUGCUACUUGCAGCUAGCUAGCUACCUUGCGAUAUUUGUUUCUUAGCACAAAUAAAUUAGACCCGGUGGUACGGUAAUAUCCCGUGUGUCAUGAUCAGUACUACAAUAUGAUGGCAUGCACAUUAUCUUGAUCAUGUAUUGAUGGUACUGCUGCCCUUGGGCCCCCAUAUUAAUCAUGUACAGAUGUACUUAUAAGUUUUAUACGUAUCUCAUGAUUGUGUGUCAUUAAUUACAUAUUUCAAAGCUGUUUUGGUGUGUU